AUGGGGAAGAUUUCACUUGUUGCUGCUCUUCUGUUCUGUUUGUUGGCAUUUGCAAAUGCCAACAAGUUCUCCGUCACGAUUGCCGUGACGGAGGAGGAUGAUAUCAAAAAUCCACAAAGUUGCCAAGAGCAGAUCCAGACGCACAGGCUUAACCACUGCAGGAUGCUCCUUUCAAGAAAGGAGCUAAGCAUGGUGACGAAAGACGACCAUGAAAUGCGCAACCAACAGGAACAUCUCCAACAAUGCUGCCAAGAAUUGAGGAACAUUGACACUAAAUGCCGCUGUCCGGCACUUAAAACGAUGGUGACGCGGGAGCCCGAGCUCAUGUCACAGAGAGCUCGGUCCCUCCCCCGCGCCUGCAACAUCGAGCCUACUGAAUGCUACUUCUAA